GAUUAGUCUUGUAGAAAACAGUACAUAACCUUGUUUGUAUGACAUAAUAAUAUUCUGGACGGAUCGUUAAUAUAAGAAAAAUUAAUAAAAUGGUAGAACAUCGUGCUGUAACGCCAAUAAUUGAAAUGUUACGUAGAUUUUUGCGAGGUAAACCUGUUGCUACUCAAUUACGAUAUGCAGAUUUAAUUGCUGCACGAACACAACCUCCACCAGAAGUACCAGGUGGACCACAUCAUGUAACUUCAAAAGUAUAUUAUUAUACUCGUGAUGGUAGACGAGAAGUUAAACCACCAAUUGAAGUUUUGUUAGAUAAACAAAUUACAGCAGGAAGUGAACAGAAAUCUGUUGGACAAAAGUAUAUUACUCCAGGAAAAAGAGUGUUACAUUCUUAAAUGACAUAUUUAUUCAGAUGUAGAAAAAUAAUUGCUUAUUUAGAUAAAUAUAAAUUAUACUAUAGUUA